AUGCAAAGAUUAAUAAUAAUUUUUCUUUUGAUUCUUGGUUUUGUUUCACCAUGUUUGUGUGUAAGGUCGACUGUUAUAAAAGAGAAAAACACUUAUAAUGUGAUAGAUUAUGGUGCUCAUGGUGAUGGCAAGUCAGAUGAUUCCAGGGCUUUUGAGAGUGCAUGGAAAGAUACAUGUGGAACAAAAGGAACACCAACUCUUAUUAUACCACAAAAAGGAGCAUUCUUGCUGAAAGGCAUAGCCCUCAAUGGUCCUUGCAUUGCCACAAAAGUUAAUAUUAAGCUUCAAGGAAAAAUUGUUGCACCUAGCAAAGAUGAAUGGGUAAAAGGUAGAAGUAAUUUGAUUGAAAUCACAAACGUAACUAAUCUCUCAAUUGAUGGGAGUGGAGGAUCGAUCGAUGGUUAUGGUUCUUCUUGGUGGCAAUGCCAACCAUGUGGAAGACCAACGAUUCUUAGAUUCAAGUUUUGUAAUGAUCUUAGUGUUACUCACGUGACCAUCACCAACAGCCCAAAAGCUCACAUAAGGAUAAAUAAUUGUGAGAAUGCCACAUUCUCUAAUAUCAGCAUUGAUUCUCCUGGUAACAGUUACAACACUGAUGGAAUUGACAUUUUUGCUUCAAAACAUAUCUUGAUUGAAGAUUCCACCAUACAAUGUGGUGAUGACUGCAUAGCCAUCAGCGAUGGCUCCUCUUACAUCAAUGCUACUCGAAUUGCUUGUGGACCAGGCCAUGGAAUAAGCAUUGGCAGCCUGGGAAGAGACGGAUCUUUUGAAACAGUGUCAGAAGUUUAUGUAAAAAAUUGCAACCUCACCAACACUACAAAUGGAGCAAGAAUCAAGACAGCACCAGGUGGAUCAGGUUAUGCAAGACAGAUAACUUUUGAGGACAUCAGAUUAAUGAACGUUAUGAACCCAAUUAUUAUAGACCAGACCUACGGCAGUAAAAUUUCGAAGGACAAAGGAUUGAACGUGAGUGAUGUGACAUUUCGUGGAUUCAGAGGAACAUCAGCAAGUGACGAAGCUAUUACUCUGAAUUGUGGUCUACCUGGUUGUUCCAACAUUGUUCUGGAUGAUAUUGACAUUGUCUCUUCUGAACCAGGAAAACGAGUUUCUUGUUCUUGCAACAAUGCCCGUGGAAGAGUUACAUCCACUGAUCCAAAAUGUUCUUUCUCGAAUAAACGAAUAAAUGUGUAG